GGACAAGGACAAGACUUAGACCGCACUCGUCUUUCGAGCCUCGAGUCUUUCUUUUAACCCUUCAACAUCUUCAACUCGUGCCUCUUCCACAGUCUCCCCGCCACUCACUCGUUUUUCGGCCCCUCUGUCCCGUCAAUUGCCACGGGCAGGGCGAUGCUUUGUCCGCGGUGAAGGCCUUUCCCUUCCUCUAUCGACGUCGUCCUAUUUCUCGGAUUCCAUAGUUCACAUAUGGGCUUGCCGCUCUUUGAUACCGAACGACGCUCACAACUAUUUUAGUCCGCCAUCAUGGCUACCACCGACGACACCGCGACCAUUUCCUUCCGCGGUGCAGGCCGUGAUGAUCUACCUCUAGCCGAUUAUAUCUUGCGCAAAACGCAAUACCUCUACGCCCUCAUCCUACUUACAGCAUUCAUAUCUUGCGCCGCUUGGUACAGCGUCGUGAACUCCAAGAAACAAGAAGACCUGGUCCAGCCUACAGUUAAAGGACCUGGAGGCAAGCCAUUACCCAUAACCAAGAGGAAGCGAGCCCGAGGCGAUGGUGACCGCAAGAUCGGCCCAGGUUUUGGCCGUACCGCAAAAAAUGUUUUUCGUUACCUCGCCUUUGUUGUCUUCAUGACCUAUGUGGGCAGCGCUGGAUUCAUGUUUUAUCAUGCUUUCUGGUACGAAGACCCUUACCAAUGGUCCAACGAGGGGUUGCCAUGGGCUGGUGAAUGGAGUGUUGUCCAUGUUACCGGAUCCCUUUUCUUCUACCUUUAUAUCCUCAUCUCGCUUUUCGAUUGGCGCAAGGGUCCUAAUAUUGUUCACUUCAUUAUCUGGAUCUUGGGCUUCAUUGGCGAGAUUAUCAUGUUCUCUACAACUGCAGUUGCGGCUGUUGAUUGCCACUUCUUCCGCUCUGUUAAAAACAGCGGCUCAGACAAGGAAGGAAACUGUGUAGAUUACUGGACCAAGAUCGACCUCGUCCUCUAUUUCGUUCGAAUACUCCAUCUACUUGCCUUGGUCGGAGUCUUUAGCUUGGCAUGGAUUCGGAAAGCUCGCGACACUGACGAGAAGAAAGCCGAGGAAGCUAACCCAGCCGAGUCAACACCACUACUGAACGGAAACCGCCGGUCGUAUGAGACUAAUGGUCAAGCGGUCAAUGGCCAGAUUCCUAAUGGUCGUGAUACCAAUGGUCGCCGUGGGCGCGGUAGAACGAUGUCGAACGCACACAAGACGCCAAGUUUCCCUAAAAAGGAAGAACCUGCUGCCUUUUAUCGACCCGAGAAGCUACCACACAAGACGUGGUGGGAGUAUCUUAAGGGGUACUCACUUUUCUUCCCUUACCUCUGGCCUAAGGACUCUGUCAGACUUCAGAUAAAUGUGCUCAUCUGCUUCAUCUUGGUCAUGCUACAGCGUUUGGUCAACGUAGCUGUUCCGAUGGCAGUCAAACAAGUGGUAAAUGAUCUCGAGGAGGUGAUCAAAGAUGUUCAAGAUGGCGAACGCCUUUCAAUGGACAACUUCCCAUUGAAAGAUUUUUUGAUUCUGGGAAUCUUGUGGAUCCUUCAAGGCCAAUCGGGACUUCUGGGAUCGUUGAGAUCAAUUCUUUGGAUUCCCGUCUCGCAAUAUUCGUAUCGGGGACUAACGACAGCGGCUUUCAACCACGUCCACUCUCUGAGUCUCGAUUUCCACCUCUCUAAGCGCACUGGAGAGGUCCUGUCAGCACUCAACAAAGGUUCUUCUAUUAACCAAUUUCUUGAGCAAGUGACCUUCCAGGUUUUCCCCAUGCUUUUCGAUCUUUUCCUCGCAAUCUCGGUUUUCUACUAUUAUUACGGCCCACUGUAUGCUGAGAUCAACCUGGUUGAUACUUGUUGGUAUCUCUACAUGACUAUCAAGAUGGCUUCCACUCGAGCGGAUCAGCGUCGUGAAAUGACCAACGCCGACCGCGAAGAGGAAGCAGUAAAGAACGACUCAAUCUCUAGUUACGAAACAGUCAAAUACUUCAACGCCGAAGAUUUCGAGUCCAGACGGUACCAAGGCAAGGUUGCAGUGUUCCAAAAUGCCGAGGCAAAGGUUCAGAUGGGCAUGAUGAUGAUGAACAUUUGCCAAACCGUUGUUUUCAACCUCGGUAGGAUCAUCGCUGCCUUGGUCUGUGGCUGGCAAGUCGCCAUGGGUAUGGAUCGUCGCACCACUGGUGACUGGUUCAUGGUAGUCUCAUACUUGACACAACUACAGGGUCCCCUGAACUUUUUUGGCACUUUUUACCGGACUGUACAGCAGGCGAUGAUCUCAGGCGAGAGAUUACUUGAGCUUUUCAAGAUCCAGCCAACUGUAGUGGAUACGCCCCAUGCUGUCCCUCUGGGCAAGGACUUCCAAGGUCAUGUGCGUUGGAACAACGUUAGCUUCUCCUAUGACCGACGAAAACCCGCGCUACGCAACAUUUCCUUCGAAUGUCUGCCUGGCACCACAACAGCGUUUGUGGGCGAGUCAGGUGGAGGCAAGUCUACUUUGUUUCGCCACAUGUUCCGUUACUACGACUGCGACGAGGGAUCGAUUGAGUUGGACGGGAAGAAUGUCAAGGAUCUGACCAUCAACUCAGUCAGAGAGAAGAUUGGUGUCGUUCCCCAGGACACAACGCUUUUCAAUGAGACCUUGAUGUACAACCUUAAGUAUGCAAGACCCUCCGCGACAGACGAAGAAGUUUACGAAGCAUGCCGUGCCGCCAGCAUUCAUGACCGCAUUCUAUCAUUUCCAGAUCAAUACAGCACGCAAGUCGGCGAGCGAGGUCUCCGUUUGAGCGGUGGCGAAAAGCAGCGAGUCGCCAUCGCGCGAACAAUUCUCAAGGACCCUCGUAUCAUCAUGCUGGACGAGGCCACAUCAGCACUAGACUCCCAUACUGAGCAGGAGAUUCAAGACAAUGUGUGGAACAUUGGGCAGGGCCGAACUUUGCUCAUCAUUGCACACCGACUAUCUACGAUCACACACGCCGAUCAAAUCAUUGUUCUUAACUCUGGAACAAUUGUUGAGAAGGGAACUCAUGAAGAACUCCUGGCCGCUAAGGGGCGAUAUGCCUCUAUGUGGGAGAAGCAAAUCCGAGCCGAGCGAGCCCUCAACGUGGCUCGUGAAGCGCAACUGAAAGCUGCCAGGGCCCUUCGUAAGGCUAAAAUGGGACCAAAAAGGAAUUCAGACGGUGCUAUUGACAGCUACAACAGUCUGGGAUCCUCAGGAAGCAUAUCCGGCUCAGGUUCACAAGGCCAUGAGGAUGAUACACACACAUCCUCUUCGUCAUGCUCAGACGCAGAGUCGAGCCACAGCGAGGAGCACUCGAUGGAGCGAAAGUAAGCUGUUGCUUCACGUUUCAGCACUCUAGUGUUUCACCAAUAUACACGACCUCACUGUCAAACGUCGUGACAUCUUCACCAUCGAGGAUUGACGUUACCCUCUAACUUAAUUCUCAUCACAACUCUUCCACGCUAUCAUUUUAUCUACUUGGCUUACGAAGCACCAUCUCCGCCUACGACGUUUCACCCAUAGGUUCGGCAUCAAGACUGCAUCGGAUCGGUGUUGAGGCGUUUUGCUUCUAGUGUUUAAUGCAUCGGAUCAUCGGAAUCCGACUAAUCAUCUCGAAACAGCCUGCAUCAAGGCACUCGAGUGAAUAUUUUCAACCUUAUCAUCAAGGCAAUAGGAAGGG